UACGCAUGAGUGGAAAGUACCGGUGGAACAUGGCGACUGGCGAUGCAAAAGAAAAUAAGGACAUUCCACCGGGCACUAAAGUGCUUUGCACUACGUGCUUCGACGAGAAAAUUGAAGGAGAAGUUGUGGCUUUCGAUUACGAAACCAAACUGGUAGUAAUAAAAUCUUCAUCCUCCAAGAAUGCCAAGAAAAAUACCACAGAUAUAAAGAUGUUGAACAUGGCUCAAAUGAAAAAACUUGAGGUUGUGGAGGUCUCCACAAAACCUCCACCUUCUCUACCAGUCCUGGACCUUGACAAAAUUGACAAAAAGAUUACCUCUGCUCUUGAGCAGAAGCGACGAGCAGCGGAGAAAAUAGGCAUCAAUGUCACACCAGGAGCACAAAAACUAUUUGACACCAUCAACAAAACGUAUGUGUAUUGUAGUUAAUGAUAAAACCUUGAGCUUGAGGAUUUUACAUGGCAAUAGGCCCUUUGCAGCUGGGG